GGCACGGCGCGGGACGCCACGGCACCAUAGCAACACGCGGGGACAGUCGCGCUGAAGCGCGCUUGCUACGGAGACACCGUCACGCGUGCGCUGUCACCACGCCGACGGCUUUACGCCGUGCCGUGAGCGAGGGCGCGCUGUCGCCAUCGCAACGCAGCUGAGUGGGCCUCCAGGGGCAGCGGGGGGCGAAGAAGUCUGGCGGGAGGAACGGGAAGGUGGAGAGGCACUGGAACGUGUUACCUAGUGUUGAGGUGGAUGCCCCGUCCCUGGAGACUUUCAAGGUGAGGCUGGACCAGGCCCUGUGCGUUGCAGGGGAGCUGGGCUACGUGGCCACGAUGGAGUCACCACGGCGACACAGAGGAACAAUGCCGGGUAAUGGAUGGAGCUUUCUGACAAGGAAUCGGCUCGUUCCAGGCAAAGCCGGGCAACUUUCAAAACAACAAAUCAUAACCGUUACGGUAAAGGGUACUUUGGAACAGUUGUGAUUUCCGCGCCAACUGCCUGAAGAUCAAUGUAGGCAACGGCUACUAAAGAGAAAUGAGGAACGCAAUCCUGAGAGGAAAGAAAAGAAGAGAGAGAAAACAGAAAGGUGCCAGCACUCCCGCUCGGGGCGGGCAGCAGGCCGCUGUCCCGCGUCAUAAUGGGCCACGGCCAGCACUGGCCACACUGUCACUGCGUCGCCACGGCAACGUUUGUGACACGGCCACCCGGGAGGGGUAUAAAGGCGGUGCACGGUGGUGGGUCCUGCACCCUGAAGGAGCAUCUGGACGAGAGCAGACGCAUCUGAAGGGAUGAGCUCCGGCAUGGCUGGCGCCAACACGGAGCAACCCGCUGGCACGAGGCGGAACAGGACGAGCGAGGCCGGCCCCGCAGCGAGGCGUGCCUCCAGAGCGACAGACACCAACACCGAAGAGCGAGUUGCCGUCUGGGAUGCGGUGGCCGCCUACGUACAGGAGCACCUCCUGGUGCAGAAGGGGGUCUGGAUUCCCACCUUCGGCUCAUUCGACACCAUCUCUAAAGACAUCAGGACUGCGGACGGGACCGUGACUCUGCGGUGGCCCGUGUUUCAGCUGGCCAGGAACCUCAGAGCCAUGCACCACCUCGGGUCCGACAAGGACUCCCUGCCAGCCCACAGGGAGGUGGAGACCCUGAAAUACAGCGAGGUGGCUGCCGCUGCCUCUGUGACCUGGCAGAGAGGGAAGACCUGCAUCCAAAGCACCGUGUCCCUCCUCUCCAACUGCCUCAAGAAUGGGGAGAACGUUGCCUUUGUCCUGAAGGACGUAGGAGUGCUCCUCUUUGAAGGCAUGAGCUUUGGAAUUAAAUACUACUACGACUUCCUUGAGAAGCUCUCUGGGAAGGAGAAAUUCAGAAAAGCUGUCUUCAAGGCCCCCUGGCUGCUGGACACGCUGGUGUCCCGGGUGGCACCGGUGGCCUCCCUGACGCACUCUGGCCGCCUCGUCGUCUUUCCCAUGUUUCAGAAGCAGGUUGCACCCAAACCACCUCCCAAGAUAUUCCGCAAGGCCUCCGGAGAUCUCCAUGGUGAGGGGAAGCAAAAGAAAGAAGGGGCUUUGCCACCUCUUGUCCGGGGCAAGAAAGUGAGGUUUGAUGAAGUGCCAACCUACAUCAGACGCUUCAGCAUGGCAAGUACUGCUGGACAAAGCUCGGGAAGCAGAAGAAGCUUACAGCAGAAGGAGAGCUUUUCGUCCAGUCCGCUGCCGGCGGUCCCGAGAACAUCUGAAGCCCGCGAGCAGCCAGUGAGCCGGCAGCUGCAGGGCCAGGCAGGAAACGAAGGCCAAGAACACCUGGGCCAAACAACAGGAAAAAAACACGUCAGGUUCCGCGGAGAUGAACAAGGAGCGGGACAGGACCAUGAGGCUGGAGCGGCGGCCAUGUGGAAAGCAAAGGCCUCGCACCCUCAGGUUGCCGGGAGGCAGGUGGCAUCUCGCAUCAAAGAAAGGAGAUGUUCAUUAAGGGCUGAGUCCAGCCUGUCCAGGGACACCAAAGGCCACGCAUCCCGGCCGCCGUUACUGCCACGUGACUCUGUCAAACUACUCAGGCAGAGGCAGAUGGCUAAGGAGGACAGGCCAGCGCAGGCAGAACCUCGGGAGACGGCAGCAUCACCGUUUCACCGUGAGUGCAGCCUGCCCGAGGAGCCCUCCACCUGCAGAUCUGGUUCGCUGCCACCCAUACGCAACAGACCAGAGUCUCCCAGGAGUCCACCUCCAAGGACCACAGCCCCGCGCCGCAGGCCGCCCACACCCUACCCGUUUCUGCCACGUGACUCUGUCAAACUACUCAGGCAGAGGCAGAUGGCUAAGGAGGACAGGCCAGCGCAGGCAGAACCUCAGGAGACGGCAGCAUCACCGUUUCACCGUGAGUGCAGCCUGCCUGAGGAGCCCUCCACCAGCCGAUCUGGUUUGCUGCCACCCAUACGCAACAGACCAGAAUCUCCCAGGAGUCCGCCUCCAAGGACCACAGCCCCGCGCCGCAGGCCGCCAACACCCUACCCACGCUGAGCAGGGCAUGGGGUGCCCGGGACAGACAGAGCUGCCCCUGAGCCUGCAAAACCCCAUCCGCAUCCUUCCUGGGUGCCAGCUCCCUCUAGAAAAGCAGAGGUAGAGGGACAGUGGGGACUGGGCUGGAUUCAAGAAAGAACAUUCACACUAGAAGCUGCGGAACAAGAUAGAUAAACGGCAUGAGAAAGGAAUGCUGAGAACUAAGGAUGCCUCCAGGAGACAAAAACAUGAGUCAAGCGAGCCACACGAUCGCCACACGAUAACAACCCUGGUUGGAGGAAGAGCGCGUGGCUACGAACAACUCGUGACACCGAUGGAUAAGCGCCUGCAUGCACGCUUAAGGAGUCGACCAGGGGCGACUGUGUGCAAUGAUUUCUUGACGUGGAAAGGGGGGUGGGAAAGUGGGAAAGAGAGAACUUGGGGAUAUUUGAACCUGCAAUAAACAAUUUGGAUCAUUCACACCUGAGUCCGUGCCUUCAGACGCCGCAGGAACUCUCCCAAGACCCCGUGGCCCUGGGUGCAUACGAUGGCUGUAUUUCAUGGAAUCAUCCCAGAAUCAUGGAAUGCCCUGCGUUGAAAAGGACCCCAAAGAUCACGGAAUCAUAGAAUCGCUAAGGUUGGAAAAGACACACAGGAUCAUCCAGUCCAACCAU